AUGUCGCGUACCAACCUCACACAAUUCCUGCGCUCUCACCAAUGCCGCAGAAUAGGAGCAACACGCUAUGUCAAUGCUCACACAUCGUCGCGCCGAAAAUAUGCGACGAACUCCGUCGCUUCGUCUACGGCAGGACCACAAGAUCCUGAAGCCUAUUGCCGCGAAUUCGUCCGAAAACAUGACAGGGACUCAUACCUAACCUCGCAGUUCUUCCCCAAAGCCUUACAACCUGCUUGUUUUGCCGUACGAGCGUUCUACCUAGAGCUUGCCAUGAUCCAAGACUCAGUGUCAAACCCACUCAUCGGACAGAUGAGGAUGCAGUUCUGGAAAGAUGCUAUACAGCAACCUGGUGCUUCUCCUCACCCAAUUGCAGUAGCGCUGCACAAUGCGUCGAAAGGCGCACAUAUCGCACCAUAUCAUUUAAGGCGAAUUAUCGAAGCUCGGGACAUUGAGCUUAACUCACCAUCGCACCUCAAUAUGGAUACCCUUCUAGCUCACGCCGAGUCGACAACCUCAACCCUGAACUAUAUCCUUCUAUCAAUCCUCGGCUUGUCAUCUUCAGACACAUACUCGCAUGCAGCCUCGCAUAUAGGUGUAUCACAAACCGUCUCAACCCUCUUACGAGCCCUUCCAUAUCAUGCUUCCAAAGGAGUCAUGGUUAUCCCUGCAAGUAUAACGGCGAAGCAUCACGUCAACCAAGAAGAAGUCUUCCGUCGUGGUCCAGCUGCAUCCGGUUUACAAGAUGCCGUGUAUGAGUUUGCUAUCGUUGCAAACGACCAUCUCAUCACUGCACGCGAUAUGUUCAAGGGGAGUAAUGGGCUUCAUGAGGUACCCAGAGAGGCCAUGUCUGUCUUUUUGAAUGCCGUCCCAGUACAGAAUUACUUGCGACGUUUGGAAAAGGCUAACUUUGAUGCUUUCAACCCAAAGCUGCAGUUGCGCGAUAGUAUAAGGCUGCCUUGGCAAAUCUGGAGGAGUUAUUACAAAAGCGAGUUCUAA